AUGAUGAACAGCAAUAUGGGCAUGGCAGUGGUUUGCAUGGUGAACUCGACUGAGUUUGUGGACGACAAUCAAACCACAAUUGAGGACGGGGCUGCACCUCGUCUUCGCUGGACAUCAGAUCAGGAAGGCUAUAUUUUCUCCGCCUUCAACGUCGGCCUGCUGCUAAUGCUUAUCACUGGCUUCAUAGCAGACAAGUUCAACGCCAAGUACAUGAUUGUCGCAAGUAACCGAGCUCAUUUUGGACAUUUAGGUGCUGACAAACCCAGCAAGCAGGCUUGUAUUAGCGACGCUGAGCUCAAAUUCAUCACAUUGUCCAACGCCAGUGAAGAUGUCGGUAAGAAGAGGACGGAACGAAAGGUGCCAUGGAAGAGAAUCCUCGGUUCACCAGCUGUCUGGGCAUCCGUGAUCGCUGUUGUUUGUCAUGAAUUCCCGCUAAUGACGAUGAUCAUGUUCUUGCCA